AUGUCGUCAAUAUCUUACACUAAUCCAAUGCCUGUACAACAGCCACCUCCAGCAGCAGCACCACCAUCAUAUGGUGGUGUUUUUGGGGGCAAUCAACCCAACUUUGGGGGCAAUCUACCCAACUUUGGGGGCAAUCAACCCAACUUUGGUGGCAAUCAACCCAACUUCGGGGGCAAUCAGUCUAAUUUUAGGGACAAUCAACCCAACUUUGGACCCAACUUUGGGGGCAAUCAACCCAACUUCGGGGGCAAUCAGUCUAAUUUUAGGUGCAGUCAACCCAACUUUGAACCCAACUUUGGGUGCAAUCAACCUAACUUUGGGAGCAAUCCAUCCAACUUUGGGGGCAAUCUAUCCAACUUUGCGGGUAAUCAGUCUAAUUUUGCAAGCAAUCAACCCAACUAUGGGACUAAUCAACCCAACUUUGGUGCUAAUCCAUCCAACUUUGGGGGAAAUCUAUCCAACUUCGCUGGCAAUCAAUCUAAUUAUGGAAGUAAUCCCUGGAACUAUGGGAACACUCCUUUUAAUUUUAAUGGUUACCAACCUAAUUUAACUAAUUAUCAAGGCCAAAAUUAUUCCAAUCAGAAUAAUUAUCGUCGCAAUAUACAGCGACAACAAAGGCAAGGUAAUUUGAAUCAACAACCGAGACGUCAAAGAAAAUCAAGUCAAAAUCGUCUAAGUAGUACUGGUUCAAACCAACAACAACAACGGCAAGAUCGACGCCGUCCUAGGCAAUUAAAAUUAAAUGAUUUUAUGCCACCAUCAUUACGUAACACAUCACCAAAUUCACGUAGUCUUCCGUUAGACUUUAAUUUAGAAGCAACAUCAAGUGCUCCACCUGAUGCAUUACCACAGCGGCAAAUCUUCGCAUCAGCCAGUACUACACAACCAUUUGUUGUUAAUCAAAAUGAUCAAGAUCAAGAACAACAACAACAAAUCGAAAGAGAGCAGACAACAACAACGACGACUGCAUCGUUUAGACGUCGACAACGUCGACUUCGACAACAGCGAUAUCGUCAGAAAAAUGUUGUUACUAAUAAUCGUUUUGCUGCAUUGGUUGAUGAAAACGACGGCGUCGAUCUUGCCGUUGUUGUUGUUGGUUUGAACCAGUNAAACGUAAGUAAUGAUGAUAAUAAUAAUAAUAAUGAUAAUGACGAUGAACCAAUAAUGACUAAAGCAAAGUAUAAGAAAAAUACUCGUUGUUAUCUCUUGCCAGAUCAAAUGCUCAAAUGGUUUGAUAGUUUUUCAAGAACUACAAAGCCAAUAGUUUCUCAACGUGCAAAUCAAGCUUAUCUUCUAGCAACAGCUUCAAUUUAUGAUGCAUGGGUUAGAGAUAAUUAUGAAUUACAACUCUGGCAAGCAUAUUUAAAAAUGGGUACUGAGAAAAAACAUUGGGCCAAAGAAGUCGUUCGACGAACAAAACAACGUGACGAUAUAACAAAUACUCGGUUUAUACAAAAGAAAAUUAAUCGAUUAAUAGCUAAUAUUGCCAAAGCAAAUGCUACAAUUAUUGAUUUUCAAUUGCAAUUGAUUGAUUAUUGGUCACAUGCAAAUUCAGAUGCAUUUGCACAAAGAAUAGCUGCACUGAUAGCAGAAAAAGAAAAAACCAAUCAGUCAACGGCACAAAUUGCAAGUUCGGCUCCUAUAACAACAACUACUACAGCUGCCAACGCUACAACAACAGCUAAUACUUAUAAAGAUCCAGUUCGUGAAACUGUAGAUAGAAUUGAAUCUCAAAUAUUAGAUUACAUCUAUAAGAAUACUUCACAUGUUAAAAAGAUGUUUCUAGGUCGUAUUCAAUUAGCUAAAGCUGAAAUGGAAGAAUUCAAGGCUUUAGAAGAUUUCGAACAAGUGGCAACUCCAUCUCAAUGGAAUAUUCAUUUGAUGUUAAAAUCAAAAGUAAAGUUGUAUUCAACAAAGAAUAAGAAUUAUGGCGUGGCCACGAAACGUCUCGAAUAUGAUAUUCUUCCAAAAUUUAUUGAUAAAAUUGACUUCUCAUUUAAAAUUGAUGAAUCAGUUGUUGGUAAAGAUGAAGCACAAGCUAUGUAUGAUCAAAUGCGUAAAACUACUAAAGAUUUUCGAACUCAAGCUAUGACAUUAUAUGUUCAAUCAUUAGCUCGAGAACAUGAAUUAUUAUCUAAUGAAAUUAAACGUACUAUUGAGAAUUUUCCAAAAGAUAAUGAUGAAGGUUUUGACGCUGAAGCUGGUUAUGCAUCAUUUAAACAUUACCAUGAAUUACGUAGAAAACGAUUAAAUUUAGAACUUGAACAAUCGCUUCAUUUUUUAGAAGUACAAAGAGUCGAGGGCGAAAUUAACAACCAACAAGAAGAAAUAAUUGCCCCGACUCCUCUUCGAGUACUUGGCCCGGAGUUCUCGCUCCAGCAAUAA